AUGUAUGUUAUGUAUUACAGCUAUUCUAAUACCGCUCAAUAUGCACAUUACGUAUUCAACACAUUGGACCAAGAUCGGAGUGGACUGCUCAGUUUUGAGGAAUUUGUUACUGGUUUAUCGGUGCUAUCGAGAGGAACUAUAGAAGAGAAGCUGCAGUGGACAUUCUCUCUGUACGAUAUCAACGGAGAUGGGUAUAUAACGAAGGAAGAAAUGACUGAAAUAGUAACCGCAAUUUAUGAUCUAAUGGGCAAGAUCGUGGAACCAAUGAUAGACGACGAUGCCAUUCGAGAAAAAGUCGAAAGAUUGUUUCAAAAAAUGGACUUAAAUCGUGACGGGGUCCUUACACUUGACGAAUUCUUGGACUGCUGUUUACGCGACGAAGAUAUAAUUCGCUCAAUGGGAGUGUUUGACAGCAACUUCUGA